AUGGAACUGGCAGGAGGACCUCGUGAAGAGGACGGGGACACGGACACCCCCAAGACGGCGAUGGGUGGAAUCAUGGUGGAUGCCUUGAACAGCAAGUUGCAGCAACUGCAGGAGGAGAUGUGGAACAGUGAAGCUCGGAUGGUCCCUGUCCAGAUGUUUGGCAAUGACUUCGCGAAGGUGCCGCUUCCUGGACAGCGGCAAGGCUCUGAGCCGAUUCCCGUGCUGUUGCCUCCGCCCCUGCCGCAUGCCAUGCAGCGGCCGCCCAAGCAGUCCCGACUCCGGCCCAUUGGCAAGGCCAGCGUCGUCAUCUCACGAGGCUCCGUAGGCCACCCCAAAACCUGCGCGGCCGCGUGCAAGUAUGUGAAGCGCAAGGGCGGCUGCCGAGAUGGUGCCGACUGCCUCCUGUGCCAUGAGUGCUUCUGGACAAAGUCGCCUCCGCAAGAAGCAGAGAAGAAGGAGAACCAGGCCGCUCAAGCGGAAGCAGAGGUGCAAGGAAGCAGGCAGAGCACGAAGGCAGAGGAGACGAUGGAGACUCUGACGGCCAAGUUCCGGCGCCUCCUCACAGAGCCAGAGGUGCCCCUGGCACCUCAGCUCCAGCAUCUCCAGCAAGACCCUCCGGCCGAACUCGCCCCCCCGGGACUUCUGGCAUGCCCACUCGGACCGCAAGGACCGCCCGGGCUGCAUCUCGGGAUGCCCAUGGGGCCCCCCAUCAUGCCCGGCGUGCCUCUAAACCUCGGCUCCCUGGGCCACCCCUUCAGCUGUGGACCCGCCUGCAAGUACGUGCUGAAGCCCCGAGGGUGCAAGGACGGAGGCAUGUGCGACCACUGCCACCUCUGCCGCUGGAUCCGCCACCCCCAGACCCUCAAGCUCUAA